AGGUGUUCGGCUAGGACUGGAGACUUCAAAUCCUCUCGUGGCCUGGGAAACUCACGAUUGUUGUUGCAGGGCUAAAACGAAGGGAGAUCCCCUGAAGCCAUGUCGGGCUCUUAGAAGAAAGAUAGGCUAUAAACCUAACUAACGAACACAUGAGGAAAUAAGGCAGCUGUCCUUCUGAAGCUUGUGCUAAAGUAUUUGUCUGUUGAUUGUUCCCAACAGCGAGCCUUGAAGGAGCAGUUGGUCUUAAUCCUCUCCGUUAACGCGAGGAGCUCUUGCAUCAAACCAGCAAGACGCGUGCAACCAGUUCGGCCGCCUGGGCCGUAACCGGCGGCAGUCCCCGCCUUUCCUGCUCGCGGUGGAUGGGACGGCGUUGGGCAGGCAUCAAGAGCUCCAGCCAGCGCCGCGGCGCUCCCAUUCUCACCGGCCGUUUAGCAAGCAGCGCUUUCCUGCACCGCCGCUGUUGCCAUGGCCUCGGUUGCUAGGCCUCUGUCGGGGCGCGUCUGCGUGGUGACCGGCGCCUCGCGGGGCAUCGGGAAAGGCAUCGCGCUGCAGCUGUCGGAGGCGGGCGCCACCGUGUACAUCACGGCCCGGCACCAGGAAACUCUGGAGCGAGCGGCGGCGGAGGUGCAAGGCCGGGGCGGGAAGUGCGUGCCGGUGGUGUGCGACUCUACCCGGGAGGAGGACGUGGCGGCGCUGUUCGAGCGCGUCCGGCGGGAGCAAGCUGGCCGCCUGGACGUUUUGGUCAACAGCGCUUUCUCCGGGGUGAGCACCGUCGCCCAAGAGAUGGGUGUGCCCUUCUGGGAAAGCGCACCGUCCCUCUGGGACCAGAUCAACGACGCAGGCCUGAGAGGCCAGUAUUUCUGCACGGUUCAUGCUGCCCGGCUCAUGGUGCCCGCCGGGCGCGGGCUCAUUGUCAUCAUCUCCUCGGCCGGCGGACUGCGGUACAUGUUCGACGUCCCGUACGGGGUGGGCAAGGCUGCGUGCGACCGCCUGGCGGCCGACUGCGCCGUCGAACUGCGCGCCUUCGGCGUGGCCUGCGUGGCCCUCUGGCCCGGGCUCGUUCGCACCGAAUUGAUCCAGCAGCAAGCGGAGGAAACCGAGUCCCACGCGCUGCUCAAGGACCUGUCAGAGCGACUGGUCGACAUGGCAGAAACUCCCGAAGUGAGCGGGAAAUGCGUAGUGGCCCUGGCCUCGGACCCCCAGGUCAUGCGGCACAGCGGCAAAGUGGUCCUCAGCCCGGACAUUGCCCGCCUCUACCGGUUCAAGGAUGUGGAUGAGCGAGAGGUCUUCAACUAUGUCUCGGUUCGGAACGUCCUUACCCAGUUGAUGCCCAAACUGUCUUUCCUUUUCUGGUUCAUUCCCCGCUUUAUCUCCUUCCCUAAGUGGGCUCUUGCCCUUUAUUCCAGCAAGUUUGCUGUGUACCCUCCCUUUUUCCCAGUUAAUCUUAAAUCAGUUAAAAAAGACUGAUCAUGAAUUGUACCACUUGGGAGCAUGUUCUGCAAUAACGUCAACCUUUUUGUGAAAAAUUCUUGUUUUAAUCGUUCUCUGAGUGAUAAUUAUUUCAACUCUUAGAAAUCAGGAAGAGUGAUUUCUUGCAGGAAAGGGGUUUGCAGGUUUGAAAACCCCUUUGAGGUCCUAAAGCUCCUGUUUGCAGUUAACCUUUCAUUUCAGAAGGAAAUCCCCCAAUAAUUCCUCAAAGGGGUUUUCAAACCUGCAAACCCCUUUCCUGCAAGAAAUCACUCUUCCUGAUUUCUAAGAGUUGAAAUAAUUAUCAAUCAGAGAACGGUUAAAACAAGAAUUUUUCACAAAAAGAAAGGUUGGCGUUAUCAAAGAACAUGAUUCUCUAAGAUCUCAUGUUCUUGAGAAAGCGUUAGCUGUUAAGUUCCUUAAUAUUUCUGUAUUAUCCUAAAAUGAAAGGUUUGGGAUUUAUCAAAGAAUCAUUCAGAUACUUCAAGGUGAUCAAGCUAGUUACCACUAAGUAUACUGCAGUUAAAAGAGGCCAUGAUAUCUGAAAAAAUUGCCUUUGUUUUUUGUUUUGCUUUUGCCUAUGUUGAGCACGUUCAUAUACCCAGCCAGAGCCUGUUUGUAUUACAGUCUGCUAUAUUUUAUUUCUCUUCAUAAAAACAUAAUUAUCAAUUUAAAAUCUGUGUGAUCUUCUAAAGCUUACUUGGAACAAAACUCUAAACUUUGAAAGAAAAGGUGAAGUCUGGAGAAAACCUUUCUAUCUAUCUUUUCAACCCUUCAAGUGAUUCCAGAAUUCUGCUAGUUCCAUAGUCAAAUAUUAGCAGAAUUGGUCCUGGUGAAAGAAAAGCCCAUGGAGACAGUAGCUAUAUUAGGCCAUAGAGGACACUCAAAUCAGCAGAAAUUAGCAGAUAUAAUCAGAGCCAUAUCAGAGUGGACACAGAACAAACUGUGAAACAAGACAGCCUUCCAGAAAGAAAGUUUGCUAGAAACCAUUAUGAAACUGGUAAAAGGCAUAAAACAAAAUCUUGGAAUAAGUGAUAAGGAGCAUAGGCUGCAGGAGAAUAAGAAACAGGUCAUCUUUGUUCAGUUUGCUGUUUCUGUAUAAUUCCCAGACAAAGAAGCACAUUCAAGCUUGUUCUUUUCCAAAAUCAACCACUGUUUGUUUCUAAAAGAUAUUCAGGAAGCUGAUGUGAUCCACUUGAUGAAAUGCUUGCUUGCUUGCUCACUUGCUAACUCUCGUAUUCUUCUAUUGAGAAAACCUUGUGGCCAUAAAUCAAUAAAACUUAAA